CCGAGCACUGGUCAGGCCGCUCGCUCCCCGACUGAGUCUUGGUUAGAUCCGAGUAGUCCGAAUCUCACGGAGACGCGCGCGAGCCAACCCUCGCAUCGCCACGGCUGUGAACGAGGAGCCGACGAGGGGAGAUCCCGGAUCUUCUCGCCUAUUCGCCCCGCCGCGGCUAAUUUUUUAAGGCACCCCACCAUGGCGUGGCUGUCCAACGUCCUAGUCUACACGGGCGGAUACCUCUUCCUGGUGUUCAUAGCCGUGUGUCUGGCGACCGGGCUGUACUACCUGGCGGAGAUCGUCGAGGAGUACACGAGGGUCACGAAGAAGGUUCUCACGUGGGCAAUCAAGAUCAGCGUUGGCAUGAACGUGGCGCUCCUGGUGAUCGAUCGCCUGCCGUUCCUGUGCAUCCUCAUCUCGUGCGGCGCGCAGGGCGCGUACUGGACCCUGCUCAGGCGAUUCCCAUUCAUGGAGCUCACCUCCCCGGAGUUCCUCGGGUCCGUCGGCAUGCUCAUCCUGAACCACUUCAUGUGGAUGCGCCACUUCAAGCACGACGAUCCCGGGUACGGCCACUACGACGGCCACUCCGUCGAGUACCUGCUCGGUUUCUUCCUCAUGGUGGUCUGGAUCGUGCCCUUCGGCUUCUUCAUCUCCCUCGCGGCGAAUGAGUCCGUCCUCCCCGGCGGCGGUGGCGUGGGUCUGAAGGGCAGCGGUGCGAGCUCGGACGGGCUCAGCGGCGGAGGCGGGUUUCCCGCGGGUGCCGCGUACGGCACCUUGGACGGCGGCGGCGGCGGCAGGCGGAAGCGGGCGAACGUCGUGCUCCAGGUGCUGGACUUUGGCAAGGCGCAGUGGGAUAAGUUCACAAAGAAGAACCUGCCGGGCGUUCUUCCGGGCGGGAUGUACACGGGGAGCUACAAGGAGAGGACGUUCUAGCCGACGAGUGAUGCAAACCUUAAAAUUCUACGCUGAGAUCCGAAAUUU